UUUCAGCUACGGUUACAACCGAAGAAGAAGAAAAAAAGCAAGGGAAGGUAAAAGAAGAAGAAACACCACGUGAUUCGCGCUAACUGGAAGCAAGAUGGCGGUAGCGGUGCGUAGCUUGCAAGACCAGCUUGAAAAAGCAAAGGAAAGCUUGAAAAAUGUGGACGAUAAUAUUCGUAAAUUAACGGGACGUGAUCCUAAUGAAUCAAGACCGGGUCAGCUCCGUCGGCUCGGCGGCCCCAUGGCAGGCCCAGGUGGAGGUAGAGGCAGAGGAAUCAACCUGCUCAGGCGUAGUCUCUCAGACAUGGGAAGCGGCGGCCCCCCUGCCAAGCAGAGGGACAUCGAAGGAGCCCUGCUAAGGCUUGCGGGGGACCAGAGGGCCAGGAGAGACGCGCGUCACGACAGUGACGCCGAGGAUGAUGACGAUGUCAAAAAGCCGGCGUUGCAGUCGUCUGUAGUAGCUACCUCCAAGGAGAGAACACGCAGAGACCUCAUUCAAGAUCAAACCAUUGACGAGAGGGGCAAACAGAGGAAUCGGCGUAUGUUCGGCCUGCUGAUGGGGACCCUGCAGAAGUUCAAGCAAGAGUCCAACGUCUCCACAGAGAAGCAAAAGCGACGUACAGAGAUUGAGCAGAAGCUAGAGGUUCAGGCUGAGGCUGAGAAAAAGAAGGCAGAGAGUGAUAAAAGAGAGCUGUUUGAAGAGAGGAGAGCCAAACAGACUGAGCUGAGACUACUGGAACAAAAAGUGGAAUUAGCUCAGCUGCAAGAGGAGUGGACCAGCCACAAUAAUCGUCUGGUGAAAUACAUUCGCACCAAGACCAAGCCUCAUAUAUUCUACGUGCCUGGAAAAAUGUGCUCCGCCACACAGAAACUCCUCGACGACUCCACCAAGAAACUAAAUGCUGUGUUUGAUGAGAGGCGUGAGGCUUUUGUCGAACACCUCAGCAAGAUGGAGUCCCGCCCCCGGCGACAGCCAAACCGCGACCAGGAUGGCAACACGGCAGCAACAGGGAUGGACCACUCGGCGGCGGGUAAGCCAGCAGGUCAGGUAGUCAAGGUGACAGGUAACAGGGGGGAUGCAGAGAUGGAGGAGGAGGAUGAGGAUGAUGAGGAAGAGGAGAAGGAAAAGGAGGGAAACAGAAAGGUGGUAGAGAAGGUUAAGAGGGAGGAAGGAGAGAAGGAAGUGCAGGAAGAGGUAGAGGGGAUGGAGUUGGGUGAAGAGGGCAGUGAGGAGAAAAAAGGAAGGCAGGAAGGGUUUAAAGACAGAGAGGAGGAGAAAAAGGAGGAGAAAAAGGAGGCAAGUCCAGGGUCAGAGGGGAUGGAGGUAGAAAGCGGGCCGGGGAAGAUCGAAAGGAGUAAGGCAGAGGAGGGAGAGACAGUCAGUAUACAGGGGCCUACAGAUCUCCAGAAUGAAAAGACCCAGGACACUCAGUCCUCUGAACCAACCAUAACGAGUCAAGAAGCACCAGACACCAGUCACCAGCCCCAGCUCAGCCAGCCUGCAGAGGAACCAGCAGUUAAGUCCCCCGAGACCCAGGGAUCUUCUCCCACCCCAGAACCCCAAACAGCCUCCACGGUGCCUGGGCAGGAUGUCAGUAUCAUCCCAGGCCUCGAGGGCCAGACCUCAGCUGCUGAGAACCAGGCUGUAGAAGUGAAACCGGGGGAGGAUGAAGCACCCCGAAAUCUGCCUGAUUCCAAGGGGGCCCCCAGCACCACCCCUGCACCCUCUAAGGAGGAAGAGGGGAGAGGGAGAAAGAAGGCAAAGGAGCCAAAGAAGGGGCGCAGUCAUAGCAACAGCUCCUCAUCUUCCUCGUCCGGCUCCUCCUCCAGCGGAAGCUCCUCCUCUUCCUCCGGAUCCAGCCACUCCUCUUCGUCAUCAUCCUCUUCUUCAUCCUCUUCGUCCAGCAGCCGAAGUCGCAGCCGCGAAAGCAGUAAGCGGAAGAGGAGGCCGUCCGAUAGGGCCAGGGACAUGAAAAAAGGAGAAGAUAGAAGCCUCCGCAAGAGAGGAGGAAGUAGCGGAGGAGGGAGGGACUCAAAGGGAUCCAAGAAGAGGAGCAAGGAAGGGAGGAGCAGGUCAUCCCGGAGCGAUAGGGAGCAUAAAGAUAGAGACAGGAAGGACAAGAGACGCUAAUCUGGUUCUUUUUCAGCCAUUUUAUGGUAAAGUUGGCAAAUACAGUGAAAUCAACAAUUUAAUUAAUGACACACAAAAUAUUAACAUUUCCCCUAAAAACGCCACACGCUUUUUGAGCUUUUAACAGGAUUUUAUUUCACAAUGUAGGGAUUUCUAAGUCAAUGUCAAAAAGAAUUGAAACAGUGGUGACUGCUAAUAAUUUUCUUCUAUUUUUCUUUUACUUGGCAAAGAAAAUGUAAACUGGACUCUUAGUUAGGGGUGCAUCUGUCUGCUCUGUAAUUGCACGCAUAACUAACAGCUAUGAGACGGGCGAGACUAUUUGAGAUUUCUAUUUAGUCGUGUCAUUUUAUCUUCCGUCUGGCAUUUUGGUUUUAAAGAAGGUCUUUGUGGUAUUAUGAUGAAAAUGAUUUGUUUUCAAUUUUUCAUUCUAAUGCCAUGUGCUGGGGGUAUUCGUGGUUAUGGUAGCAGUAACCAUUAACAUACAGUAGCUGUGUUUUCAUGUUGAUCCUCAUGUAUUUUCACUAUUUGAGGAAUGUCAUUGCCCUUGUAUCUUUAUCACGUGGGUACAUGUAUGAUUUGCUCAAAUGCUGGGUUUGUUUUGUAUCGAUCUGCUUCAAAUUAAAAGUCAGGUAUUAGAGGAAA